UCCCACCCCCAACCCCCACGCGGCAACCCUGUCCCGCAACCAGAAGGAGGCUACGCAUUUCGAUUCACUGUUUCGUCUUCCUCAAGCGUAGGUAAUCAAUCAAACUUUGAGACUCAGAGAGGCUGGAAUACCUAUUCUUCACGUUCACACAGAUUCCCAGCCGUGCGAAUGUGCGACUAGCAGUUUCCGUAACAGGGAUUAGGAUAUGGUUUAAGGGUUUUAACGUCCGCAAGUUUGGUGUCGGUGGCUAGUGGCUAGUGGCCAGUGGCUACUCUGAGUCCUUAAUGGAGUUUCAAGCUUGGAAGUAUUGAGGUUCAACGAAUUUGAGGUCCAUGACAGACGGACACUAGCAAAAGUUCAAGAACCCUAGAUUCGCUUCAAGUUAAGCCAGCGAUCUCUUCUCUCUUGGAUAGCUGUGGAUAUGUGUAGGUACGGUUUUUUUUGAGCCAUUUCGCUGCUGUCUUUCGACUUCUAAAAAUCUGAGUGAAUCGAAGCGUAUCUCGAAGAUUAGUAAGGGGAAUUCCUGUAGUCAUGCUUUCCGUUGCCUACAGUGCUGGAACUUCUCUGAACUACAUUGCGAAAAGAUAUUCAAAUCCAUGUUUUGUUAAUCAUCAUCAUAACUUCUCUGGGAAUUAUUCAUUGGUGGCUUUCCCUAGAGCUCAGACGUUUAGCCCUCUUCGAUUCCCUAUCAUUGGAACUCCGAGUCAUGCCUCUGGUUUGCAAUCUUUCUCCGGUGUUUGCAAGGGUUUGUCGCAGAGUUCAGUGAACUCCGGUUCCGUUAGUGGCGGUGGCGUCAAUGAAGGAAGUGGUUCUGAAGAGAGAGUGGUGGUGUUGGUUAUCGGAGGAGGCGGAAGAGAACAUGCACUUUGCCAUGCCUUGAAACGAUCUCCUUCAUGUGAUGCUGUCUUCUGUGCUCCAGGUAAUGCUGGGAUUUCUAACUCAGGGGAUGCCACAUGUAUAUCAGACCUUGACAUCCUGGACAGUUCAGCUGUGAUAUCCUUUUGCCGUAUAUGGGAAGUGGGACUCGUUGUUGUAGGACCAGAGGCUCCUUUGGUUGCAGGUCUUGCAAAUGACCUUGUGAAGGUUGGGAUUCCUACUUUUGGCCCUUCGUCUGAUGCUGCAGCUUUGGAGGGCUCAAAGGACUUCAUGAAGAAGUUGUGUGACAAAUAUGGAAUUCCUACUGCUAAGUAUCAAACAUUUACAGACGCAGCGGAUGCAAAGAAGUAUAUUCAACAGCAAGGAACUCCUAUUGUCAUAAAAGCAGAUGGGUUAGCUGCUGGAAAAGGAGUUAUUGUUGCUAUGACUCUGGAGGAGGCGUACAAAGCUGUUGAUUCUAUGCUGGUGAAGGGUGCAUUUGGAUCUGCUGGUUCCCAGGUUAUUAUUGAAGAGUUUCUUGAAGGGGAGGAAGCAUCGUUUUUUGCCCUAGUGGAUGGUGAGAAUGCCAUUCCUCUUGAAUCAGCUCAGGACCAUAAGCGAGUAGGGGAUGGUGAUACAGGGCCCAAUACAGGCGGUAUGGGAGCAUAUUCCCCGGCACCCAUAUUAACAGAAGAGCUUCAAUCUUUGGUUAUGAGAUCUAUAAUUUUCCCAACAGUGAAAGGCAUGUUAGCAGAGGGUUGCAAGUAUGUUGGGGUCUUAUAUGCUGGGCUCAUGAUUGAGAAGAAAUCUGGACUACCUAAGCUCAUUGAGUACAACGUGCGCUUUGGAGACCCGGAAUGCCAGGUUUUGAUGGUUCGUUUAGAGUCUGAUCUGGCACAAGUUCUGCUUGCAGCCUGUAGAGGUAAGUUGAGUAAUGUAUCAUUGAGUUGGUCACCAGGCUCAGCUAUGGUGGUGGUGAUGGCAAGUCAGGGCUACCCCGGGACCUAUGAGAAGGGGACUGUGAUUCGGAACCUUGAAGAAGCGGAACUUGUUGCUCCAUCAGUUAAGAUAUUUCAUGCUGGAACCGCACUCGAUUCUGAUAAAAACAUCGUAGCCGUUGGUGGUCGUGUACUGGGGGUUACAGCCACAGGAAGAGAUAUUGAAGAAGCCAGGGAGAGAGCCUACCAAGCUGUUGAAGAAAUCAAUUGGCCAGAAGGGUUCUACAGGCGAGACAUUGGUUGGAGAGCACUUCCCCACAGACAAUUAGCUGCGAAGGGGUAAACCCGAUGUCGGUCUAUAAUCAAGUGAUUAAUAUAAUCAAUUGUUGUAAACCCAUUGAGUUGGGCAUUUGGUAGGAGGAAAAUCAAGUUACCAGAUCAGUAAUUAGGAAAUCAGGGAAAUGAAUCAACUUUGGACCAUCCAAAAUAAUACUGAUGGUCCAAAAAAACAGAAGAAAAAGACACUGAUAUAGCGAGGAGUGGGUACUCUGUUCUUGUUUAAAAUGAGUUUUAUCGAAAUUUAAAUUAUCAAA